AUGGCGCAAGCAGCCGAUAGGUUUCGUAGUGCACACAAAUCUACCAAAAUCCGUAAAAUGCCUAUCAAGGAAGAUCCUGAUACAAAGAACGGUACGAAAUCUGGCGUUAGGGAUAAGAUCGUGUGUCACCACUGUUCCAAGCCAGGUCAUAUACGUCCUUUUUGCCCUGAUUUAAUGCUUGGUAAAAGCAAAUCCUCUCAGAGGGUCAACUUUGUGUUUGACUCUGACCUCUCUCCCAACAAUAGCAUCACGUGUGAGGGAAUGUUAUAUUAUAGACCCGUACAUGUACUCUUUGAUUCUGGCUGUUCGUCUAUCAUCGUUAAGGAAUCGCUCAUCCCCGCCACGGCCAAGCGAGGGAAAAUGGUCACUCUGUACGACUACCUGGGAGUGGGCCGGACUUUUCCAACUGUGCGUUGCCUUAUAAAGAGCGAAUUUUUGAAUGGGUGGUACAACGUUGUUGCUGCUCCUAUUAAGUUCACCGAUGUUCUUGUGGGUAUGGUGCCGGGUGUCUCAGUGCCAUCCGUGAAUAACCCUAACCUUAGCAUAUCGGUAAAUUCUCCCCGCACAGAUAUCGGUAACGCGGAUGUUGUUAAUGCAGUUGUUACGAGGGCUGCUAAAAUAAAGGAAGAUGCCGAACCAGCAAAACUGACGGUUCCUCAUUUUCAGUUUGAUAAUGUAACUAAGGAUGAAUUUCUGAGUGCUCAGACUGAAUGUUCUUCUCUCAUAAAUAUCAGAGCUAAAGUAAAAAGCAAGUCUCUAGCAAAUGUAAAGAGUCGUUCUGUUAGAUACGAAAUUGUGAAAGGCUUAAUUUACCGAGUGUGCGUUAAAAGCAAGCACAAUCAUGAAAUAGGCGUUAAGCAGUUGGUAGUACCUCGUGCGGGAGCGGAAAUAAAACGGUACUGUCGUUCAUGUCACGUGUGUCAGAAGACGGCUCCUAAAGGUAAAAUAGGGAGAGCACCCAUGGUUCAGAUGCCGAUAAUAAGCGAGCCUUUUGCCAGGGUUGCAAUUGAUCUUGUGGGGCCGAUCACACCUGCUUCUAGCAGAGGCCAUAAGUAUAUUCUAACCCUAAUUGACAUGGCAACUAGAUUCCCGGAAGCAGUGCCCUUACGGAAUAUAGAUACUGUCACUGUAGCAGAGGCUUUGCUAAAACGACCCCACGAUUGGGAUCGCUACAUCCCGUCUGUUCUAUUCGCGUACCGCGAGGUUCCUAACGAUACUCUGAAAUUCAGUCCAUUUGAGUUGCUGUACGGUCGCAAAGUGCGCGGUCCACUGUCCAUUCUUCACGAUCUAUGGACCAGAGAUGACCUUAAUGAUAAAAUUAAAAGCACUUAUCAAUACGUUCUUGAUUUGCGAUCCCGAUUAGAGGAAUCCGCUCAGUUGGCUUCAUCCCAUGCAGAUGUUUCUGGUAAAAUGUACAAAGCCUAUUUUGACAGAAGUGCUAAAGUAUGCAAAUUAAACGAAGGCGACGAAGUACUUGUUUUGCUGCCAACAUCUCACAACAAGUUAACAAUGCAGUGGAAGGGACCUUAUUCGGUAGUGAGGAAGCACGAUAACGGCGUAGACUACGAGGUAAAGAUUAAUACGAAAAAGAGAUUAUAUCACAUAAACAUGCUUAAGAAAUAUGUGAGGCGUGACGAUGUUUCUUCUUCGGAAGUAUGCCAGGUGUGCGUCGUAGACGAUCUUCCAACGUCCGAGGAAAAAGCGAAUUUUGCUUGCGAUAUCCCUGACUUAUACGAGGCUAAUGAAUGUACAGUAAACAUUAAUCCUGAACUGUCGAGUAAGCAGACAGCAGAAAUAAAACAGCUAGUAGCUGAAUUCUCUGACGUAUUCUCAGAUAAACCAGGUGUAACUAGCACGGUCAUACAUGACAUUGAAUUGUCAACAGUUGCCCCUAUUCAUACCAAGCCGUACCCUAUUCCCCAUCAUCUCAGAAAAGCUUUUGAUGAGGAAGUGGAUAGAAUGUUAGCUUUAGGCGUUGUUGAACAUUCUACAUCUCUCUAUUGCUCACCCGUUGUGCUAGUUAAAAAGGCCGAUAAUUCAUGGCGCUUUUGCGUAGAUUUUAGGGCUCUGAACGACGUGAGUGUUUUCGACGCAGAACCAAUGCCAACGAUGGAUGAAGCAUUAGGUAAUUUUGUGGGAGACGUUUACUUCACUGAAUUAGAUCUUUGUAAAGGCUAUUGGCAAAUUCCUUUAUCUCAGAAGGCAAAAUCGUACACGGCUUUUGCUACUCCUAAAUACGGACUUCUGCAGUUCAAUAAACUUCCGUUUGGUUUACGCACGGCGUGUGCCAGUUUCAUUAGAUUAAUGCGUAAAGUUACUGCAGGUUUGACGAAUGUAGAGUGCUACUUUGAUAAUUUGGUGGUGCAUAGCUUGUCAUUUCAUAAGCACUUGGUUCACAUAAGGAAUCUUCUGGAAAGAUUGCAGGAACACGGGUUAACUGCUGGGCCUAGUAAAUGUUUUCUAGCUUUUCCCAAUAUUAAAUAUCUUGGAUUUAAUCUUGGUGAGAAGGGCUUGAGUACCCUUCCAGAUAAGGUUGAGGCAAUCAAAAACGCCAGCGACACAGGUCUUGGGGCGGUGUUGCUACAGAAUGUUGAUAAUGUUCUCAUGCCAAUCGCUUAUGCGAGUAGAAAGCUCUCUGACUCGGAAGGGCGUUAUGCCGUAAUAGAAAGAGAAGCUUUAGCUAUUGUCUGGGCUAUUAAAAAGUUCUGGUGUUAUCUUUAUGGCCGCGAGUUUGUCUUGCAAACCGAUCAACAACCGUUAACAUACAUCAGAAACAUGAAGAACAGCAAUGGUCGUCUUAUGCGUUGGUCACUGGCUCUCCAGUCUUAUGCAUUUACGAUAGAGUAUAUCAGAGGUCAAGAUAAUGUUGGCGCAGACAUUCUUAGUCGACGCUCAGUGUAA